AUCCACGUCCGGUAAGGAAGGCCGCACCGAAUCCGGUAUCCUUAUAUAUAUAAAAAAAACAAGGAUUGCAGUCCCCCACAACUUAUUUUCGCCUCUUUUCUAAGUACGUUUUACCACAAUGCCUGAAUCCCAAUCUCUUAAUCAGGUCCUCCUCUCCGCUACUCCGGCGCAAGAUAGAAUCACCACAUCCGGUACUCAGCCUCAGAAGAACCCUAACAUUCCUAGCACCAAAAAUCCCACUCCAACCACCUACCAACGCUCUACCCUCUUCCAAAUAGUCGUACUAAUCUUGGGAAUACUAUUCCUGACGUUGUUAGUCUAUCUCAUUGACCCGCGGAUUAAUACAUUGUCUUCAUACACCGUCUCCUCAGCCACCGUCGAUCCCUUCAACAUCUCCUCGUCGCGAUUGACGGCCGCCUGGAAUAUCUCGAUCUACAUCAAGAACUAUCACCAGCGGAAAGAAAUCUACUAUGACCGUGUCCGGUCAUCCAUAUACUAUGGGUCCCACUUCCUAUCACAGGUCUCCAUCCAUCCCUUCUACGUGCAACGGUCGCGGCAUAUGACUCUCCAGGCCCGCCUCAUGAACCACUCGGAGAGCUUGGAUGUGGGUGCCGCCGAGUCCAUGGUCAGGGACCGGCUGUUACGUGGUGCCGUGGAUUUCCGAUUUGAAUUGCUUACUCGGGCAAAGUAUACCGUGUAUAAUUUCGGCUGGUAUAAUUUCAGGAUUUCCUGUGAGAACGUGACAGUUGGAUUCCCGGCUACGGAUGACGUGGGGCCGGGCGUUAUGUUGGGCCCACCUCGGAAGUGCAAUCUCUUUGUGGAUGAAUGGCCGGAUACCCUCUGAAUGUACAGAAACGGCAAUGAAUGAGGAAGCAACUAGCCGUUAAAGGUUGCCAUGGAUCCAGCACUAGUAGUCAAGAUCCUCUCUUCACUUCUUUCUUUCUUUCUUUGGAGAAAAACCUGACAGUUUAGCGCUUUUUUUUCUUUUUUCUUAUAUAUAUA